AUGUCAUGUCCCAACAACGCGGCUCCCAACGCGUUCCUGAUGGAGCCGCUGCCCCGCCACGACAAUUUCACCCCCGGCCCGGGGCUGUUCGCCCAGCCCGGGGAAUUCGGACCCUUGAGGAGCUGCGGGGGCCUCCCGACCCUCCCCAAACGCGACGAGGCCUCGCUGGGCUCCUUCCCGUCCUACCUGGCUCAGCUGGACACCUGGGCCGACCCCAAAAGCGCUUUUAGGAUCGACCAACCUGUUGCGUCUCGGCAGCUGCCCAGCUGCUCCUUCCCCGCCGUCAAGGAGGAGGGCGGAUGCUGCAUGUUCGGCGCGGAAAAAAGAACCAAAAACUCCGCCGAGGCUUCCUUGUUCCCUUCGCCGCUGCCCGAGCCCUGCCUGGGCGACCACGAGGUGCCGGUGCCCGGUUAUUACCGCUACCCUUCGCUGGAGAAAAGCCCCGAGCCGGCGGAAUUCCAGGCGGCUUUCGAAGGCAGGGGCGCCCGCAGCGAGCAGCUGGAAGCUCCGCCGGCUCCGGAGAGGAUUUCGCCCAAAUUCCAAGGGAAUUUCCACGAAAAAGGCGGCUCGGAGCAGCAGCAGCAGCAGCAGCAGCAGCAGCAGCAGCAGCAGCAGCAGCAGCAGCAGCAGCAGCAGGCGGGGGAGAUUAAAACGGAGAAAAGCAAAGCGAGCUCCGGCGAGGCGGAGAAGGAGCGGAGCAAAAGCGCGGACGCGGCCAGCACCGACAACUCCGACAGCGAGGCGAAAGCAGAUUUUCGAGCCAGAGGCGCGGGGGGGACGUGGCUGACGGCGCGCAGCGGGCGCAAGAAGCGCUGUCCCUACACCAAGCACCAGACGCUGGAGCUGGAGAAGGAGUUCCUCUUCAACAUGUACCUGACCCGCGAGCGCCGCCUGGAGAUCAGCCGCAGCAUCGCGCUCACCGACCGCCAGGUCAAGAUCUGGUUCCAGAACCGCCGCAUGAAGCUCAAGAAGAUGAACCGGGAGAACCGGAUCCGCGAACUCACCGCCAACUUCAGCUUCAGCUGA